GUUCAACGAGUGGUCGGUAAAUAACGAGCGUUUUCGAUAAUCACUUUAGUAACGAUGGUUUUGGGAAACAGCUCGGAGAUUUAACGAUGCUCCUACCAAGGUUAUAAUGAUUGACGUAGCCUUAAUAUGCUUUUGGGAAACUGGGCCCUGGACUUUAUGUACGAAUGAAAUCUAGACUAAUUAAAUCUAGGGAUACCAUCAUUCCCAAUGUCAGCCAAGUUGAGCUAACACAAGCUAGGAGUAGUUGUUCUCAUUCCAAAACUAUGUGUGCACUGUGUAGACAAAAAAAGAUUCCAGUAGGCUACCUGUGUGAAUUCCGGAAGCAGUUACGUGUAGAGUUGUUCUGCAUUAUUUUCGGCUGGAAUCUGGGUGGGUCAGGAAUCCAGCACAAAAAUCCAGUCUAACUUGAUAUGAUAAUUAGUGAGUAUCUCCGGAUUGAUCUCACUGUCACAAUAGAAUAGCAUUUUGGAGGCAGGAGGAUCGGACGGGAUACACAACAUUAAUUCAGUGACUUUACUAGCAUUGCCGUUCGCACUUGUUUUACUGCUUAUUAAGUAGCUACCCUUUUUCCCGUUCAUCCAGAACGUUAUUAUGUCUCGAAUUCUUUCGGGAAUUAUACCAGACGAGGCAGUCUUCACAGACUUCAGAAGACAAGCCUUGUCAACGGACAACUGGUACAGUAAAUAUGACAAGAACGGAAUGGAGGUCUGGGUCGAGGUGGCCCCAGUAGCAUCAUCCCCUCAAGGAAACAAAAACAUCCCUAAAGUUCACAAGAUAAAGUGCAGAAUGACCAUAAAAGAUGUGUCAGCCGCCACCAUGUACGACGUCCUUCAUGAUGGCCUGUAUCGCAAAAAGUGGGACCCCACCAUGUUGGAGAGCUUUGACAUUGCCCGUCUCUCCCCGAACGCUGAUGUGGGCUACUACUCAUGGCUGUGUCCGAAACCACUGAGGAACAGAGAUGUGGUGACGUUGCGUUCGUGGCAGGUGAAGGACGACGAGUAUGUGAUCGUUAACUACUCAGUCAAACACCUGAAAUAUCCUCCCAAAAAGGACCUUGUGAGAGCCAUCUCCCUCCUUACUGGCUACCUAGUGAAGGCCACAGGACCCAAUAGCUGCUCCUUUACCUACCUCUCACAGGCUGACCCCAAAGGUUCUCUUCCAAAGUGGGUGGUGAACAAAGCGUCUCAGGUUCUGGCUCCCAGGGUACUGAAGUGUGUGCACAAGGCGGGCCAGAGUUACCCAGAGUGGAAAGAGCAGAACUCUCCAGAUCAGAAGCCCUGGUUGUACCCAGAGCAAAGCACCCUGCCCAUGAUGGACCCGGCCGAGCUGACCAUCCAGCGGGCAGACUCUCUGGAGAACGUAGAUGAGAGCUCUCAGCUGGACGUUCAGGAGAGUAACAAAGCAGAGGACAGCAGCUGAGCACGUCUGUCAGAGGAGAUGAAGCCUAGACAAGAGAGGAUGGAUGGACAAGCUCACGCAGACCUAAAGACUCAAGUCCUCAACCUCUCCAUGGCACAUGAUCCCAAUCUUUAAAGUUUUAAGAUCCACCCCCAAUUUAUUUUGUACUUAUCCAGUUUUUGCCUUAUAAACCACUAUUUAUGCCUAUAUGGAGGACGAGAGAAUAAACUGUUUACAUCUGUUUGGCCUUAUGGAGCUGAACAACAUACCAACGAGUGGAAAUUCUGGUUCUUCCCCUCCACCUGAACUGAUAAUGCAGCCAGUUUUUGCCAAUGAACUGUGCCAACUCCAGACAGUGCACUGGCAGAGGUGCUAGAUGGACUUGGUUGUUGAUUGUUACGUACAGCUACUUUUAGAACCGACAGCAUCGGGUAUUUUAUAUUACCAGCCAUGCUUGAUAGUUUUUAUACAAUUUGAUAUGAGGUUUGGAAUAAUUCAGAACCAAGUUAAAGAAAAGCCAGGAUUGGCUGUUUUGAUUUCCUGAGUAUAAAUUAAAAUGAAAAGAUGUAUUUGUGUAUGAUGUUUUUUUAUUUGAUGGAAUACUUGUUUUUUGAGCUACAUUGUAUUUCACUAUUGUCUUUAUGACUGGAAACCAUGAGUAUGACUAGACAGAAAGUGCCUUGUUAUUCUGUAGGUUCCCAAAUUGGUAUUUAUUUAAAGUUUGUGCAAUCUGGGAGGGAGACAGUGGAAUUCAUUCCAUUGCUGGUUAUAUACCCUUGGUAUAUAUGCUUGGUAUGCAUGCCCUGGACUUACUGUAGGCACUGCAUAUAGGAACCAAUGGUGACUUAAUUAAAUGGAAAUAGUUUUAGCAAAAUAUCACACGUAGUAUUUUAACAAAUGUACACAGUGAAUUGUAUUUCUUUUGUGUUAUUACCUGAAGAAUCACCAUCAUAGAUCUUACCCCUUUUAAAGUGUAUUUAUUUUCAUAAAGUUACUGAUAAGUAAUGUCAUGACAGAGCAAGCAAGAAUCCUGAAGUUAGCCUUGCAUACAGCUCUUGAACUUGACUUUGAAGACAAAUGAUUGUAAAGUCGUUUAAAAAAAAUAUUAACCUCAGAUAAGGUUCACGUGUAUGUGUGUGUAAUUAGUGUUUUGCUGUGACAGUCAGUCAACCACCCCAACAGAAACUCAAAGUGGAACAAGUUAAUCUACUGUGGUGUCACUGGAGCAAUACAGGGAGACCUGUUUUUCUCAGGCAGGGAGGGUGUUUGUGUCUCAGGGAACAUAUUGUAGUUGCAUGUGGCGCAUGACCUGAUUUAAUCAACAUGGCCUGAUUUAACCAACAUGACCUGAUUUAGCCUACAUUACCUUUUUUGUUUUUCCUUGUCAGCUCGGGGAUUCGAUCUAGCAACCUUCCGGUUACUGGCCCAAUGCUCUAACCACUGGGCUACCUGCCGCCCCAACUUGAUUUAACCUACAUGACCUGAUUUAGCCCAGAUUAAGCUUCUGUAACCAUGUAAUGAUUCUUUCAUUGAAAGAGGAAACCAAAUGUGUCAUUGUCACGUAGAAUAGGCCAGAAGGAUAUACUGGAAAACUUAACCUCUAUCAAAAAUAAAAAGAUGGCGGAGCUGCAAAUGUU